AUGAUGUCGCCUAAUGUACCACUACUCAUGCAGGUUUGCACUUGGUGCCUACUCAUCGCUUCGGGCCAAACGUCGUCUUCAUCGCCUAUCGGAUAUCGCGCUGACAUCGCUCAUCUGCAGUUGCUACACGUGGCCAACAUCUACAGCGCACCCUUCACGGGCACGAUGACGUCAGAAGAACUUCAAGAAGCAGCGCCACCACUGCCUAUAAAGGAAACGCAAGCGGCUGCGGGCGUCAGUGGACACGGCAACCCAGCCGUGAUGAUGUCGCCUAAUGUACCACUACUCAUGCAGGUUGGUGAUAGAAAACAUGUUUUUCACAGCGAUUACCUCUGUUUGAUUGUGUUGCCGUGUCCACACACAAUUGCAGCUUGUGUACGCGAUUGUUUCUCUGUAGCAGGCCUGUUGCUCAUACUAGCUGGAGAUGUGGAGGAAAACCCUGGGCCUAUUACGCAAGAAAUGUUUAAUGAUAUGAUUCGGACACAAAAGGAGAUCCUUGCUAAAAUUACUGAGGUACAAGUAAAACAGACUUCUUCGGAAGAAAGUAUGCUACAAAUGCAAAACAGGCUACUUGCGAUAGAAAAAAAACUUGAGAGCGUAGGUGAAACUGAGAACAGGCUUGCUAAACUUGAAAACUCUGUUAGUGGCUACGAUGUCGAAAUAAAUACUCUUGUAAAACAAAUUGAUGACUUAGAAAAUCGUUCACGACGAAAUAACGUUAUCGUAAGGGGAAUUAAGGAAGAGUCUUCUGAAAACGAGGAUGUACUAAUGAGGAAAAUCAACAAUGAGGUGUUUGACGCUAUACUAGGUCAAAAACUGAACUCUAUCCAACGUAUACAUCGACUUGGAAAAAAGAUGACUGGUAGAGAUCGCCCUGUAAUACUUACAGUUGGGGAUUUUAAAGAGAAAAUGGCUAUCAUGAAAAACAGUGUCAAACUUAAAGGUACCCAAAUUAGCAUCAAUGAAGACUAUUCCAAGAGGGUUGUUGAGCUUCGAAAGAACCUGUGGAAUUCAACCGCAGAGCAGAGGAAAAACGGUGCCAAAGUCAAUCUAGUCUUUGAUAAGCUGUGGCUUAACAAUGUUCUGUACGCCUGGAAUGAAGUCAGCAAUGAGAGAUACAAGUGUCGCGUGCCACCGGAAGCAAAUAACGAGUGACUAAAACAAAAUGAUUCAGCAUGUUUUAAAAUAUUAAACAUAAACGCCAGAAGUAUUGCAAACAAGGUUGACGCGUUCGAAAGCAUAAUGCUAGAGCACGAUCCUGAAGUGGCCGUAAUUACCGAGACAUGGCUUCAUGAAAAUAUCUUAAACUCCGAAGUUACUCCACCGAAUUAUUCAAUAAUAAGAAAAGAUAGAGAGGGAAGGGGAGGCGGAGUUGCUAUUAUGAUUAAAAAUAACAUCAAAUUUGAAGUCCUUGAGGAAGUACGGGAUGUAGAAGCAUUAUGGAUCAAGACAAAAUUGAAUAACCGUACAGUUUAUAUUGGUGGCGUGUACAGAGCCCCGAAUUCGCCAGUUGAAAUGCUGUUAAAACUAAGGGGCUACAUGGAUUCCAAUUUACGUUACGGAGACAACAUUUUGUUACUGGGAGAUCUUAAUUUACCUGGGAUUGACUGGUCAUCAUAUUCUCAUGGAACGGCGGAAGUAGCUAGUUGCGAUCAAUUAUUAGAACUUGUAUUUUGCUAUAACUUAUCCCAGGUGGUAACAGAUUACACUAGAGUAUGUUCAACAACGUCAACAAUUUUAGAUCUAGUUUUUGUUUCCGAGAGUUUAAAACCAUAUUUUUCGAAAUGUGAAACCGAAGAAGGCCUAUCCGAUCAUAGGAUGGUACUCGUCUCAUUGAAUGUUACCCCAGAAAAAUCGCACAGUCAUUCAAGAAAGAUGUUUUUGGAUUUUAGAAGUGCUGAUGAUGUAAGCGUACUUGAUUGCCUUGAACAAUCGUUUGAUGAUUUUAUGUUUCUUUACCAAUCAGAUGCUAGCCCAGACACGUUAUGGGACUAUUUUUCAAGCAUGACGUUACGGUGUAUUGAGCGAUUUAUACCAAAGCGCCCUAAAAAAAUCGCGAACAAAAAUCCUUGGAUUACAAGGGAAAUAAUCCACGCAAAACGACAACUGAAGCGGAGACGAGCGAGUUCACAUGGUACAGGUGUAGAAAAAAAAACUUGCAUUCAGCGAUUGAGUCGGGAGCUGAGGCGUCUAGUUAGAGAGUCUAAAGAAAGGUUUUAUAGUAUAACACUUAAAAAAUUCCUUAGCGAGGCACCUGAGAAGUUCUGGCGGUACGUCAACCCUUCGGCUAAG